GAGGAUGGAUGACGAUCGUCGCCGGAUCUUCUUCUAGCGCUCGUGAGUGAGUGGAAACAGUUCGAUGCAAUAACAGCGUUUGAACGGAGUGAAGCGAAACAAAAAAAAGCCUCAGAACCACCCGCCCAAGACACGGACGAGGAAAAACGUGGUGCCGAAGAAAGGAGCGUGGAGAUAAAUAAAGAGUGACAAUACAUUUCCAUAUCGAUUUUGUUACGGACACCGUGCAAAAGGGUUGCCAUCCUUGGGCGGAAAAAAGGGUUGCCGGUGCCGGAUGUCUAAGGGCGCUGGUGCAGCAAACGAUCGCCACAGUGUCGGUUAGUGUCGCUCGGAAAGUGUUUGCGAGAAGUUUCUUAGGGAUUUUUGUAGAAAACAAGUUGUGCUACAGUUGAAGAUCGCUUGUUCAUAAAAUUCGGGGCGAUCGCAGUGUAAUGAACGAAGCCUUUCGUGCAUUUAAAUCACAAAAUAACGUGUAAAUAAGGCUCCAGAGCAGUGUGUCCCCCCAUCCGGCCACCAGCGUCGAAUGCAUAAUGAACAUAGCCGAUCUCAUCCCGAUCGAUCUGUCCAACGAUCGCGAAUUUGCUGCCAGCGCCUGCAGUGCACCGACGACAGCCGGCGGGAACGAUGUGAGCCACCACCAGCACCAUCGACCUUCGGAUACGGUGCCGGCGGUCUCGUCCGCCGGAUACAUCCACGUUCCCACGCCCACCUUUGCCACGUAUGCGCCAGUGCCGGUCACACUGCCGCCCCUCUUCACCUCACCACCGUACGAGCGACGGUAUCCGACGCGACGCACGACGAACCUGGCCACCAGCAGCCUCACGACCCUCACCACGAACACCAGCACCGCCACCGGCAGCAGCGAGCACCUGUACACGGUGCGACCGGUAACACCACCACUCAUCGGUGACCAUCUCCCCGGGACCAGCAUCCCGGUCAGUGUGCUAAAGCUGACGCCACCCCGCUCGUCACCGCCUGCCACGUUGCUGCAGGCAAACGAUGCGAACCGUUCGCCGACGCCCGUGUUCGCGAUGGACUUUACGCGCAUCGGCAACUGCGGUGCCGGAGCGGAGGAGAGUGAUCGACUGGUGUCGAACGUGGUGCUAUCCUUUGCCAGCCAUCCGGGCCAGCCAACGGCCACGGACGGUAUGCUGGGCUUUCCGGGUGGUUCCGGGUUGAGUUUCACGGCGACGGCGACGACGAUGACGACGACGACAAGUGCGACCGUGCCUGCGACGAAAGCGAUCGCAUCGUCCAGCUCAUCCUCCUCGUCGGCGGCCGAUGCGCUGAGCCACUGUGACGUCAGCCUUUGGCGCAAGCGUGCGAUGGAGAUUGAGAAAGAUUACAAAAAGUCCGCCUGCGACCGGGAACGGACCAGGAUGCGGGACAUGAACCGUGCGUUCGAUAUGCUGCGCUCGAAGCUGCCCAACAAGAAGCCGUCCGGCAAGAAGUACUCCAAGAUUGAGUGCUUAAGGGUAGCGAUACAGUACAUACGGCAUCUGCAGCGUGAGCUCGAGUAUCCGACCACACCGUCGCCCGAACCGCACGAGUACAUGUACGAGGUGGUCACGCCGUUCAACCACAUCCCGACGCCGGCCAGCGCCUACGCCGGGCUGGACACCAACAACAACAACCUGUCGAUCGUGUCGGCCCAUUCGUUUGCGGUCGUUCCACCGCCGGUCCGGCCAGCCGUACCGCAGCCAAUGCUGCCCGCCCUGCCAACACCACAGCCGCAGCCGGUUGCGACGGCUGUGCCACACAACAACCUGCACCAUCAUCACCAUCACCAGUGGUACAUAGCGAACAGUGCCGAUGGGUACAGCUACUACUAUCUUCCGUAGUCGGUUGGGUUGAGCUAUUGUUGUGUUGUGUACAUUUGAAAAAUAAUUAUAAACAUACUUUGCGCUAGAAAGUGGAAUGGAUUCGUUUGGGUGAAAUGGGGAGAAAAGAAUGCUGUUAAACAAUCAGAUUAGGAAUCGAUAGUACGUGGAAAGGAUCACAGAUCUUCUCAUUCCGAUGGAGAGCACCUUCAACCUUUCAGGCUGAAUUUCAUGAUUAUAAAUCAACGGACGUCCUUAUCCUUACUUCCUUACGCUGAUUAAUUGAUCAUACCUCUUAUGCUAAAGAGCUGGAAAGUAUGUUAGUUUAUUCCAUUGAAAUUAAUGGUAAUUAGGUUAUCAUUACAUAAGAGUUCGUUGUUGAGGGCCAUUUUAACGUUACCUCUAGAAUGAGUGAAAGUUCAAUUCUGGUUUUGACUAGAAAAUACUAACUGUAUAUAACAAAAUUUUCUCCAGCUUUACUUUAUUGAAUCUUGAUUUUCGUCUCUCAAAAGCAAAUAUUUAAAUUUUGGAUAAUUAGUCACAAAAAUAAGCUAUUGAUUUGAACCUUUACAAAGACAUCGCGGACCGUGUCAUAGGCUUUUGAGGGUCAUAUGUGGCCUACCGGCCGUAGUUUGC